AUGUCGGCGGACGAUUUCCUUGUCACCCUAAACAUCCAUAUGGGAGGAUCUCUAUGGUGUGAGGAUGACGAGAUUAAAUACGUCGGCGGUUGUGUAGAAAAGUAUGAACGUAAGUUUGAUAUUGAUUAUUUUUCAUGGUUUUCGUUUGUGGAUAUUCUGAAGGAGAAUAAAUUGCCUACUGUGAAUGCAAUAUGGUAUAAGAGAACAAAAGAGGCAAUGAGUUGUUUGAGACCAAUCCGAGAACAUAUAGAUUCAGAGAUAAGGGAUUUGAUUAGUUUGGCGAGAACAUGUGCUGAGAUAGAUGUUUUCAUUGAACAUAAGGUUAGUGAUGGUCCUGUUAUAUCAGGACUAUUGAGUGGUGCUGAUGUUGGUGACGAUGUUGGAGAUGGUUGUGAUUUAAGGGAUCUUGGUCAUGAUGUUGCUGAUGAUAUUAGAGAUGGUUGUGAUUUAGCAGAUGGUGGUGCUGAUGCUGGUGAUGAUGUUGGAGAUGCUUGUGAUUUAGGGGAUGUUGGUCAUGAUGUUAGUGAUGGUGGUGUUGAUGUUGGAGAUAAUGUUGGAGAUGCUUGUGAUUUAGGGGAUGUUGGUCAUGAUGUUAGUGAUGGUGGUAGUGAUGAUGGUGUUAAUGAUGGUAGUGAUGAUGGUGUUGGGGAUGUAGGUGAUGGUGGUAGUUUCGAACAUUAUACAUACAGUGUAGAGUUUGCUGAAUAUAUAAGUGAUCCCGAAAGGUAUGAUAGAGGCAAUGAGUUUCCUAGUACACCAGAGAUCACCGAUGAUGAAGGAAAAAAAGAAGUCGAUAGCGAGAUUGGAAAAUACCCAAUGCAUGGUAGCUCGGGUAGGUCUUCUGACCAUAAUCUAUUUCUGGGUAAGACGUUUAACACUGGAGAUGAUUUCAAAGAGGAAUUAGUACAGUAUGUGUUGGAUUCAAAGUUUAAUGUGAAGUUCUCAAGGUGUGAAAGCAGAAAGAUUGCUGCAAUUUGCUGUGAAAAGGACUGUCCUUGGAGAAUCUACUGCUCUGUUCAUGCAGGAUUGAACAGGUGGAUGAUAAAGACAUUUGUCGAUGGCCACAACCACCCUAAGAGGACUCACGCAGAUUUGUUGAACUCAAGUCGCAUAGCAAAGAUCUUUCUCGAGGAUCUCAGAAAGGAACCAUCUCUUUCGGCUAAUAAGAUUCAAUCUAGGAUGCAAGAAAAGUUUCAAAUGAUUGUUUCUCGUUGUCAAUGUUUUAAGGCUCGUCGGAUUGCAUUGGGGACACUCGUUCAAGAUCAGAACGCUCAGUUUGCCAAGUUAUGGGAUUAUGAGGCAGAGAUUCGUAGAGGUAAUCCCAACACCACAACUGAAAUCGGGACAACAGUCGCGGAAGAUGGGACCAUUCUUUUUGAUAGGUUUUAUGUUUGCUUCGAGGUAUUGCGAGAGACUUGGAAGAGGCAUUGUCGUCCAAUUAUUGGAUUGGAUGGAUGUUUCUUAAAAUGGUCACUUAAAGGUGAGUUAUUGGCUGCAAUUGGGAGGGAUGGUGAUAAUAGAAUAUAUCCCAUAGCAUGGGCUGUGGUACGUGUUGAGAAUAAUUUUACGUGGGCUUGGUUCUUACGGAGAUUAAAGCAAGAUUUAGGCCUUGGAGAAGGUGCAAAUCUGACAAUACAUUCCGACAAGCAAAAGGGUCUGAUCCGUGCUAUAGCAGAAGAAUUGCCAUAUUGUGAACAUCGGAUGUGUGCCCGUCAUAUAUAUGCCAAUUGGAAGAAGCAAUUCAAGGAUAUAGAGUACAAGAAGUUCUUCUGGUCAGCUGCACACAGCUAUAGCAAAGGUGAAUUUGUUCAACACAUCACCGCAUUGAAAGAGUUCAACACUGCAGCAUAUGAGGCAUUGGUUAAUACAGAUCCAAAACAUUGGUCUCGUGCAUUUUUCAGAGAAACAUCCAAAUGUGGAGAUAUCAAUAACAAUUUAAAUGAGAGUUAUAACAGCUCAAUUAGGGAUGCUAGAUUGCGGCCUGUAGUGGAUAUGCUUGAGGAUAUCCGUCGAAAAACCAUGCAACGGAUUGCAAAACGUUUUAAAGAGGCCACUAAAUGUGUGACUGAGUUCAGUCCUCAUGCGAUGGAGGAGUUAGAGAAAGCAAGGAAGAAUGGUGGGUAUUGUAUGGUGAUUCCCAGUGGCCAUGGUAAAUAUGAAGUGAUGAAUUUGGGCAUUAGUUAUUCUGUCGAUCUUGUUGGGAAGACUUGUGCUUGUCGACAGUGGGAUGUUACCGGAAUACCAUGUACUCACGGUCUUGCUGUGAUCAAUCAGAGACGAGACAAUUUAUCUCUGUAUGUUUCUCAUUACUUUAGUAAGGAGAAAUGGGUUGCAACAUACGAGAACAAUAUUUUGCCUUUAAAUGGAGAAAUUUUCUGGAGAAAGACUAUGAAGGAUCCUCUUGGUGUUCCAAUUCCUCAAUCAAUGCCGGGAAGACCCAGAAAGUUCCAUCGAAAGAAGGAUCCACAUGAGUCCCCUUCGAAGUCUGGUCACAUCUCACGCCAUGGUCGAAAGAUGACCUGUACUAAAUGCAAACAAGUUGGACAUAACAUAAAGACAUGCAAGAACGAACCCUAUCAAGUGCAUGGUCCCCCGAGAGGGCCGGGUCGUCCGAGGAAAUUUCUGAGAGAUGGUGAACCGAGUAGGAGACCACCAACUAGGAAAAGGAAAACUAUUGCAUCAAACUCAGUUCCUGCCGAGAGUAGUGCUAACUCUGUUGCUGAAGGUAAUAUUUGA